AUGGCGGUAACGAAGAAGAGAGGGACCACCGGAGACACUUCGGAGGACACCACGACAACAACGCCCUCGCAGGGCGAAGCGGCAGCAACACAGCCGAACGGAGCUAGCAGCGAUGGCGUCUCCGUCGAGGCCCUCGCAGAUGGCCAGCUUGAAGUCAACCUUCUGGACAUCGGCGUCACAGCCGAAGACAUCGCUGCGAUGCGUCGCAUCGACGCUCGCAUCGAAGAGGCACGAAGGGUUCAGCAGCAGGCAUUGGAAUCAGGACCCUCGGAGCCACAAAUGAUGACAAGGGCGAAGGGGAAGCAGACCAUGCUCACCGAAGCAGAGCGUCAAGAGCAGUACAACAAGUUGAGGGAGGAGGAGCUUCGCUGCAAGGCAAUGCAGGAGAAGCUCCGUGCCCAGAGGCUGCAGUUGGAGCAAUUGCAGGCUCCACCAAAACCACCCCAGAGGGAGGUAGUCGUGGCCAACCCGCGACAGCAAGAACCACCGAGGUCCCGCCAGAAGUUCGUGCUGGUCGAAGAGAUCUCUGACCAUUCUGAUUCGAUGGAGAGUCAGACCCCCGAAGAGUUCCUCCUCAAGUACGAAGCCACCAUCGAAGCAUCAGGAGGAGGCACCGCAUGUAAGGCGAAGGCGCUCAUCCUCGCAUUGAAGGGCUUGGCGCAGUGCUGGCAGACCUUCGGCUGCAAGCACUACCCACAUAAUGACCCCCUCGUCAUAAGGGCGAACAUUGGCAAGAAUUCAGUGCACUUCGCGGGGAAUGAUGUAGGGAGAAUCUUGGUGGACAACGGGAGUUCUGCAGAUAUCCUCGUCUGGCAGUGCUUCGUCAAAAUGGGAUUCACCGAAGCAGCGCUGAAGAAGUCACAGUAUCCACUCAUUGGGUUCGGAGGCAAGAGAAUCGAAGCUCUUGGAAAGAUAGAGAUCAACGUAACGUUUGGCGAAGGUGCAGGACAGAGAACUGAAGCAAUUACCUUCGACGUGGUCGACAUCAACUAUCCCUACAACGCCAUCUUCGGUCGCAACACCUUGGUCAAAUUCGCAGCAUUAAUUCAUCAGUCGUACCUAUGCAUGAAGCUACCCACGGCCGGAGGAAUUAUCACAAUCUUCGGAAACCAAGAAGAAGUAAGAAGGUGCGAGGACAACGCAUCAACCUCAGACAAGAACGUCCAUGUCAUUGAAGCACCAAAUGAGGUCAAUGAUGGUGAAAAUUGCGUAGAGUCUGAGAAGCUAGGGGGUGUAUCCCCAGCGGAACAUACGAAGAAGGUGCCCUUGUGCGAAGAUGUGCCUGAUCGAAUGGUGAUCAUCGGAAAAGGGCUUCAAGAGCCCGAAGAGGCCAGGCUUAUACAGUUUCUCCGCAACAAUCAAGAUGUGUUUGCUUGGUCCUCUUCGGAUCUGCGAGGGGUCAGUCAAGAAGUCAUCGAGCAUGAGCUGAGGGUGAAUCCGAAGGCGAAACCCGUGAAGCAGGGCCAAAGAUCAAUGUCCGAAGAAAGACAGAAAGCGGCUCAAGCCGAGGUACAAAAGUUACUGGACGCGGGCGUCAUCCGCGAAGUCCUGUACCCAGAAUGGCUAGCAAACGUUGUAAUGGUACCAAAGAAGAACGGGAAGUGGCGAAUGUGCAUUGACUUCACAAUCCUCAACAAGGCGUGCCCGAAGGACGAAUACCCACUGCCGCGAAUUGACACCUUGGUCGAUGCAGCAGCUUGUUCGGAGAUGCUCAGUAUGUUGGACUGUUUCUCAGGUUAUCACCAGAUAUUCAUGAACAAGGCGGACGAAGAGAAGACCAGCUUCACCACCCCCUUCGGGACAUAUUGCUAUGUGAGAAUGCCGGAGGUCCUCCGCAAUGCAGGAUGCACUUUCAAUAGAAUGAUCAAGAAGGUACUGGGAAGGAAUAUCUCCGCGUAUGUCGAUGAUGUCGUUGUCCGAAGCAAGAGGAGGGAGGACCAUAUCCAAGAUCUUUGCGAAACUUUCGCGAACCUUCGCCGCCAUGGUUUGAAGCUGAACCCGGAGAAGUGCGUCUUCGGAGUCCGAAGAGGAAAAUUAUUGGGAUGCAUGAUAACGGAAAGGGGAAUAGAGGCAAAUCCAGAGAAGAUAGAAGCGAUCAGGCGGAUGAAGCCACCGACCACCAGAAAGGGGGUACAAAAGUUGACGGGCAGGUUGGCUUCGCUUAAUCGAUUCAUAUCAAAAUCAGCGGAGAAGUGCCUACCAUUUUUCAAGGCGCUGAAAGGAUCAGGCAAUUUCAAAUGGGGAGAAGAACAGGCGAAGGCCUUCGAAGACCUCAAAGAGUAUAUCGAGAAGUUGGCUGUCAUGUCCAGCCCUUCGGAGAAGGCGGAGUUGUUGUUAUACAUCUCCACAUCAGGCGCAGCCGUCAGUGCCGCCUUUGUCGAAGAGCGUAUGGUCGAAGGGGCAUUAACCCAGUCGCCCAUAUACUUCGUCUCCGAGGCCCUAAAUGGGUCAAAGUUGCUAUACUCAGAAAUGGAGAAGAUGGCAUAUGCGGUGGUCGUGGCAUCAUGCAAGUUGCGUUACUACUUCCAGAGCCACAAAAUCAAGGUUCCAACCUCUUUCCCACUUCGGGAUAUGUUUGAGAACAGAGAAGCCUCCGGCAGGAUAGGCAAAUGGGCUACGCAACUAGCUGAGCACACCAUUGACUUCGUCUCCAGAUCAGCAAUCAAGUCACAGGUCUUGGUAGAUUUCAUCGCAGACUGGACACCAGUCGCACCUUCACAAGAUCUGCCGAAGAUAGAAGCAAUAUGGUGGAGGAAUAAGAAGGUGAAGCCCAGGAAUAUCAGAGAGGGUGACUUGGUGCUUCGAAGAAUACCGAAGGCCAAGCAGAAAGGGAAGAUGUACAGCAAGUGGGAAGGCCCGUUUAUCGUCGCAUCGAUGGCAAGACCAGAGGCCUGCAGGCUCCGCACGCUAGAAGGCACCGAAGAGCCAUAUUCAUGGAACAAGGACAUGCUACAAAGAUACUACGUGUAG